GCGAGCUGGGCGGAGGCGGCUGGGGCAGGAGCCCGCGGAGCAGGUGGGGCGACGGCCCCGCCUCCGCGUCCCGGCAGCACCAGAGCCGGCGGCGGCGAGGGAGCCGGGCGCACCGAGCGCAGCACCGAACGCAGCGUGGUCGCGGGGGCGGCGCCUGGAGCACGGCCUCUGCUGGACUGAGCCCCGAGCCAGGCGGCGGCGGCGGCGGCGGCGGCGGCGGCGGCGGGGACGUCGGCCGGGGCUCGACUCCUGUCCGGCCCCCGGCACGGCUAGCGGCAGGUGGCGGUCCGCGCGCGUGUGCAGGGCAGAAACCAUUCUCCUGGGGACCCUUCGUAAGCAAGAGACGCCGACGCUGUGACAUAUGCCAGUGCCACCACCACCACCACCUCCUCCUCUGCCUCCACCUCCCCCACCUUUGGGGGCUCCUCCCCCUCCCCCCCCACCAGCGCCCCCGGUGGGUACAGAUGCUUCCAGCUUGAGAAAGGCAGACCCCAAAGGUCGGAGCGCUCUGUUGGCUGAUAUCCAGCAGGGAACUCGCCUACGGAAAGUCACACAGAUCAAUGACCGCAGUGCCCCGCAAAUUGAGAGUUCUAAGGGAGGCAACAAAGAAGGAGGAGGUGCUGCAAACUCUCGAGGCGGAAGCACACCCCCAGCCCUGGGAGAUCUGUUUGCCGGUGGCUUUCCAGUGUUGCGUCCAGCAGGCCAGAGGGAUGCAGCAGGUGGCAAGACAGGGCAGGCCCCUGGCUCCCGGGCGCCUUCUCCCCGGCUUCCUAUCAAAACUAUCAGUGGCCCGCUUAACCCCCCUGCAUCUCCCAGGCUAGGCAAUGCCUCUGAGGUGCACGGCGCUGCCAGGACAGUCCCUCCUCGCCCCAGCAUGCCCGCCCCACCGCCUCCUACCCCACCCCCACCUCCUCCGCCCCUGCCCCCACCCCUGCCCCCUUCCUCCCCCACCAAAACUCCGCUGGUGUCCCCACCUGGCCCACCCACCAAAGGGAACCCCCCAGUGGCUGUACCCCCUCUCCCCUCCGUACCUCCCCCUCCCCCUCCCCCCCCUCCCCCAACUCCACCCCCCCUUCCCCUGGCCUCCGUUCUCAGUGACAAGGCAGUGAAGCCUCAACUAACCCCCUUGCACCUACCACCCAUCCCACCCCCACUCCCUCUCCUCCCACCUUGUGGGUAUCCAGGGCUCAGUGCAGAUGCUACCAGCCCCGCCCAAGAUGUGCGGGAGCCUCCCGCCCCACCGCCCCCACCACCCCCACCCCCUCUUUAUGCCUCCUGUACCCCGAGGUCCUCUGUGCCUGCGCCUCCUUUGCCAGGAGCUAACAACAGCAGUGAAGCCCCACCCCCGCUGCCCCCCAAGUCUCCCAGCUUCCAGGCCCAGCCACCCAAGUCCAGCGUUCAAGCCUUGCCUACACCUCCAGCCCCUCCGGGAUCCCAGACGUUCGUGCAGAAGAAGAGGCCCGGACGAGGCCCAGGGACCAGUGGGGGAAAGCUAAAUCCACCCCCAGCACCGCCUGCGAGGUCACCCACCACGGAGCUUUCCAGCAGAAGCCAGCAGGCCCCAGCCUGGACCCCGACACCGCAGCCGGGAGGUCAGCUGCGGAACGGAAGCCUGCAUAUCAUCGAUGACUUUGAGUCGAAAUUCACGUUUCAUACUGUGGAAGACUUUCCUCCUCCAGAUGAGUAUAAACCAUGCCAGAAGAGUUACCCCAGCAAGAUCCCCAGAAGCCGGACACCUGGUCCCUGGCUCCAUGCCGAGGCGGCAGGGCAGAGCUCGGAUGACAUCAAAGGCAGAAAUUCUCAGGGAAGACCAUUUGGUGCAACCUUUGUUUGCAGCUAGAAUGAAACGCUUACAGUUUCAAGCUCUGAAGAGUGAAAGGGGGAAUCCCCAUCACAUCCAGAAGCAAGGUUGACAACCCAGAACCCCCUGCGAGUCAUUCUGCAACAGUGCCCCCAAUCACCCCCCCGCCCCCAGUUCAUUCUUCCCUGGUUCCGAUGGCUUGGGAAGCCUGGAGACAAAACCCUGUGACGUGUAUCCAAUUGAAUUCAGAUUCUGUAUUGUCCAUAGAAUGCAGGGUAUCUUAGCGCACCCAUCGGGGUUUUUCUCCCAUUGACAAAAUAGCUUCUUUUGGCCAAAUUUAGUCACAGUUCAAGUCCUGGUGGCUAGAGGAAAGCUGGGAAGAGAACCAGACAGGUUCUUGUGGGAUAAGAGAGUCUUUGACAAAAUGCCCUCCUUCUCACGCAAAGCAGCUUGGACAGACUAUCUCCUGCCCCUGGGCAGAAGUGACAUCUCUCACUGCCCACAACAGGGUCUCAUCACUAAAGGCCCUUUAUCACUUUGCAAACAAGCAUUUGGUCCUGCCUUGGCCUCCUCCUGUUUCACGGUUCUGUGUGGCAAAGAGGGUGGCCUCCUGUUAAACUGGCCCCUUCUGCAGCCACAUGGGACAGCAUGGCAAGGGACGUGAGAAGGGGAACAAGGUCCUGGAUGCUGGGAUGAUUUCCUUGCAGGAGGACGAGCACCCCCUUUUCUAACCAACCACGGCUCGUCUAAGAAUUGUGAUAACCACUCAAAUGAUCACAGGCUCAAAACUCGGUGUGUGGUUGCAGUGAAGGGAAAAGUGUAUAUGCAUAGGACAAAAGACAGAGGGAAUAGACACAGAAUUAACAGGCAGGCACCCUGGGAGAUGAGAGUUGAUUUUUUACUUUCUUCCUAGCGCAUUUCUGCAAUUUCUGAAGUUUCUGCAGAGAAUACAUUACUCUUGUGGUCAGAAAAAAUAUAGUAAUAAUCUAAAUAAUAGCCCCCACAUUAUACAGUUCUUUACAUUUUUUCAGAUCACUUGCAUAUGUGAUCUCCUUUGAUCCUUUUAGGUACCUUCUGAUGUAAGCUGGAGAGACGCCUUUAAUGACAUUUUUUUUCAGACAAGGAAACUGAGCCCCAAGGGGCUAAGGAACUUUCCCAAGGUCACAUGCCCAGACUUCUGACUCCUUGUGUGGUGCUCCUCCCGCUGUACCUCUCUGCUUUUCCUGGUGUGUUCGAAUCACCAGGAUAGGAGUUAUCCUCACCCUCAGGCACAGCCAGAAUGAUUAACCAUGGUGCAGCGUCCGGUCUCUGGCCUCAUGGCAGGCACACACUUAAGUCACCAGAGCCCAUGAAAGUCUAGUCCAGGAUGGAUUGGGAAGUCUCUCUUGGGCAUCCCGUAGUCAAGAUGAUCUUCUUUUACGUCUAGCUGGACACGGUGUGAAUUCCUUUUCACUUCAGUGAGACAAAAAGCAAUCACCCGGAGGGAUCACAGGGUUGUAGAGAAAGCAAACUGCCCCAGGGGGCACUCUUCUUUUCUGGCUAGGAGGCCCCAGCGAUCCAUUCGAGGGUGGGAGACCUGAGCUGGAAAUCUGAAGGCCUGGGGCCCUCUCUCUUUCCCAUUGCCUUGUGUUGGGAUCUCCCAGAAGUUCCUGGCUUUUCUUGAGUUUCUGUCAGGUACUGGUGUUUGGUCCCAUAAAUGUCUAUAAGAUGGCAUUAAGCCUUCAUUUGCCAUCAAUUACAUGUCCCAUUUCAUCCCGUGUCCACCCACAACCCCCUUGGUAAAAAUCAGCCCCUUGCGUAUGAUGCAUCAGGCCCUGGCAGCCUUACGUGGAUGCAGAAAGGCUUUGGUGCCCAGUCCCAGGGUGGGUUGUUUGUGUGUGAGGCGUCUUCUCGGUCCACCUGGUAAUGUUCUUGUCUUUCCGCAGUUAUCUCUAAAGACCCUCCGGUGAGAAGGCAGAUGAAGCCCAUGUCCUGUGAGCCACCUGGGGUUCCAUACUGCCAGAUGGGCAUCCCCAGGACAACGUGUCUGUCCUCACCACACUCGAGUUGUAAUUCAGUUGACACACAAGCUCAGAGUGGAGCAUUUAUUUAUUGUAAAUACGUAGUUUGCACAGGCUUUAAGUCAGUAUGGUAGUCGACUUUUGAGUAAUUUAAACACACACACACACACAUUAUGUUACUCCAGUUUUUUUAAGACGCAUCUUGUCAUCCAUCUGUCGGUGCAGACAGAGCCCUGUCCCCACCCCGUGGUGUCCAUUCCAUGACUGUAAAUAUGCGUGCAGGCUGGCCCUUCCUAGAUUCUGAACCGUUUCUAGAAGAUUCCUUAGUUUGCAAGUAGUCCCGAAGUCGCAGUAUCCAUGACAGCUUCUUAUUGGCAUGAUUCUAUAUUCUCAUCGUACAAACCGCAAAAUCAAACCAAAUAAUGCCUUAGAAAUGAUGCAGCUCAGAGAGAGUAGUGUAGCCCCACACCCAGACAAUGCCACACAGCCUCCAGUGAACGAGAUGCCACGUCUCGCUUCCGUUUUGCAGUACAGGGAUUUUUUUUUUUUCUGCCUAAUGUAAAUAUAACGCAAAAUUAAGGCAAGAGUGGGCGUGGCCCCUCCAAUGCCAACCACAGGGCCCUUUUGUAACUGAAUGACCCUACAGUAGCCAGUGCUCUUUACCGUUUACAGUGCCCCUCCCCACCCACGUUCCCAUUCCUCCUGUCCCACGAAGCCCCUAGCCCCAGUCCUGGCAGCCAGGGUAAGGCGAGAUUUAUGAGAUUUUGGCAUUUUUUUCUGCAAGUUGGAAACAUACGUAACUCCUUAUUAUAGUCAGUUACAAAGUCUAUCUCAGAAAUGUUUUUGUUUUUUAUCUUUCGCCCCGGGAGCAGGAUUUCCACGGAAAAUAUGACACGAGAAAGUAUAGACCGAAGCAUGUUAGCAAAUACCUGCCUCACAUACCUGGUGCCUCACCCCCGCCCUUAGGGACCCUGGAAGCACCCGCCAGGCUUCCCUUCCCGUCUUCAGCUCCCUUCUGAGCUCAAGAGGACCUGACUGGUCUGAGAGCAAAUCCCCCCUUCCCUGCCGCAGGCACUUCUCUGUGGGGGAGAAGGGUGGAAGUACAGCGGCCCCGAAUAUGGAACUGGUCUGGACGGGCUCUGACUGCUGUUCUCGCACCCUUUUUCUUGAGCUGGGAAGAGAACAGAAGUGUGUUUUUGCUUGCACCUGACCCCCAAAUGCCCCCUGUUCUUGGAGGGGAAGCUAUACCAGGAGAAGGACAGAACAUAGAAGGAAACAGACUGACCCCGGGGUCUGUGCUCAAAACAGGUGGAGAUGAAAGGAAAUCGAGAGGGAGAGGCGGGCAGAGCAGUGGAAAAAUUAAUGUCCUUUAGAACAACCCUCUCAGGUGCUCAGACCUGAAGGACAGCGUGCCCAGACCGAGCCAUCCAAAAGAGGUUUCCGGUUAGGAGGGUUUUGGCAGACGUGAGUGCAUACACUCAGCUGUUGUCCAGAGUAAAGUGUAAGAUGGCGUCCUACAACUGAGCAAGGUCAAGUGCCCUUCUCUGGGGAAUCAAUCAUGCCAAACUGUAACUGCUAAAUCAAUGGAAAAGCAGCUUUUGCAGGUCAUUGGCUCUGGGCAUCGCCGAUUUGUUUUACUGGCUCCGGAAGCUUUCCAAAAGGUCAGAAUUUCUUUAUUAUAACGGCAUGCCCUCCGUCUCCCUCCCGGUUGCGUAAAAUAAUUACAAGGGUUUUAAUGAUCACGAUUAAGAAGGCCAAAGACAAUUCCACCUUCAGAGUAGACUGACUGCCCUGAUGAGGUGUUUAUACACUCAUGUUCCACGCCAGUGGGACAGAAAUGAAAAAUAAAGCCAUCAAGGACAGAGGGAAGGGAGGAGCAGAAACCAAAAAUUGCAAUUAGGGAGGAAUCUCAGGAAUCUGGCAUCACACCUCUCCUCGAGACCUAUCACUGAAUUUCACACCCUUCGAACUCACGUGGUGCCUGCCUCUGGCAGGACAGGUUAAGCCCCCUGACCGUAAACUUUUGCAGAGGCGACGAAUCACAGCACCCUCACUGCUCUCAAGCGUCUUGCUAACACUGUCGCCUGUGCCCCACCCCCACCCCGUGUUUCAUAUGUAUUUUGUAUUUAUUGAUGUGCCCUCUGCAGACUCCUUUCUUUGUACCUAAUAAACUUUAAUAAGUGGAAA